CACAGUACGGCUGCUCUCUUCCGUCAUCGACGAUUCGUAAACGCUGGUUUUAUGAUCCUUUUGACUUUUCUCCAUUGCACUAGUUAAUUUUAAUGCCCUUGAGUUGACCGAGUUAACGGCUAUAAAGCGCUCGGUUAUUUUUCCCACUUCGCCUAUAAAAGUAUUUUUUAUUCAGAUUUUUUUUACUUUCAUUUGGAGAUUUAUAAUAUAAUAAAUUGCAUAAAUUCCCUGGAAAUCAUGGUCAUCAGCGGUGGAUCCCCGAAGCCCAUCGCCUCGCCCCGGAAACGCUAUGAUAGCGGCGCCAGCGACAUGCUGGAGCUGGCGGCAACCGGUAACUCCCUCUCCGCUUCCCUCCCGGCCAAUGUCAAUUUAGUCGGUUUGGAUGAAGUUCCGGUGUUGGCCAGUAUCACGUCCACGGAACGCCGCAAUGGUCUCUAUCCCAAACUGGAUGCGGAACUGCCCCGCCCCCGCGUGUCCUCUCUAAAUACCCGGGAAAAGCCGAGCGGAUUGCAAGGUCGGCGGCGCAUUAAGAAUAAACUGCGGGACAUUUUCAAACGUGGAUCAUCCAAGAAUAUUAUCCACAAUAUGGACGGCUACCAGAACGGGGGACUGGGCGGUGUGGUGUUCAGUGAUUCGAUUGAUGUGGAGGACCUGGAUCUGGAGGAACCGGGUCUGGGAGGACCAGGCCAAAGGUCACGGCAUGAUAGCCGAGGGGACAGUCGCUCUGCUUCCAGCGCCAGUACACGUCGCGACUCCGAAGACUCCGGCAGCUCGCACAGCGGCAGCCAGACUCCGCGCCGCCGGCAUCUCGGUGCCGGUCAGGUCAUCCGGAAAAUCCAUGAAAAAGCUCUGGACAUCCUGGACAAACUGGGCCUGGCCACGCAGGAAUCCUUUGAUUCCACGGUCACCACCGAACGCGUCACCGCCGCCCAGAUCCAGGAGGAACGGGAACACGCUCGCGAGGUCAUCGAGUCCUUCACCGAAUUCGGCCAAGUGACAGCCACCACCGAUCCGGAGGAAAUGGAACUCCUGGGCAUCACCCACGUCCUUCCGGCCUAUCUGGACGUCCCAGAGGAAGGCGAAAGCCGGUUGCGUCCGGUGUGCAGUAGUCUCAAUCUGGAGGCGGCCGAGGUCAAACAGUGCAAAGCGCCGGAAGCGUGCCCAUUCUACGACUUUUUACAGCGCAAAGACAAGCUGAGCCCGGUGGACGCUGAGCGCCGCGUCCCGGUGGCGGAGGAGCGGACGGAGCCGUUGGAGGGUAUGGAGGUCAUCAACUACGACAAUCCCUAUCGGUAUCGGUCGGCCACCACGGAGAGCAAGCGCAAACGAUGAAAAGUGAACUGGCCUUAAUGAGCUAACUGAUCGGUGACCUUAAUGAGACCGGCUUGUUUGUGCGUAUGGCCGGCGGUGCGGAAAACAUUUGGUGCUACAUUGUGAAAACAAAUUUUUCAGAGUAUUAUGCGGAUUUAUUGUAACGUACAUCCUGUAUAGAGCGGUUGAUGUUUGUUUGUACAGGCUUUAAUUGAUGCACAACACGGCGUAUGCGUUGUCUGUUGAUUCCUUAGAGAAUUCCCGUUUAAUCGAUCCCGGCUAGUUUUGUCUGCGAGCGUCGGGCGUCAAUUGAAUAAAGACCCCGGUGUUAUUUAA